ACUCGCAGCCUGCACAGGAGAGGGGGCGCCCAGUGGCCAGCCGUUCCCCAGACCCCCGCUGCCGCUGCCGCCGCCGCCUUCCAUGAGACCCGCCGCCAUGAUCAAGAAGCUGUGCCAGAGCGAGUCCGAGCUGAGCAUCCCGGCCAAGAACUGCUACCGCAUGGUGGUGCUGGGCUCCUCCAAGGUGGGCAAGACGGCGAUCGUCUCCCGCUUCCUGACGGGCCGCUUCGAGGAGCAGUACACGCCCACCAUCGAGGACUUCCACCGCAAGUUCUACAGCAUCCGCGGCGAGGUCUAUCAGCUGGACAUCCUGGACACGUCGGGCAACCACCCCUUCCCCGCCAUGCGGCGCCUCUCCAUCCUGACAGGAGAUGUCUUCAUCCUGGUGUUCAGCUUGGAUAACCGGGACUCCUUUGAGGAGGUGCAGCGGCUGAAGCAGCAGAUCCUGGAGACCAAGUCGUGCCUGAAGAACAAGACCAAGGAGAACAUGGAGGUGCCCCUCGUCAUCUGUGGCAACAAGGGCGACCGAGACUUCUACCGGGAGGUCGAGCCCCGGGAGAUCGAGCAGCUGGUGGGGGCAGACCCUCAGAAAUGUGCCUACUUUGAGAUCUCAGCCAAGAAGAACAGCAGCCUGGACCAGAUGUUCCAAGCACUCUUUGCCAUGGCCAAGCUGCCCAGUGAGAUGAGCCCGGACCUGCACCGCAAGGUCUCGGUGCAGUACUGUGACAUGCUGCACAAGAAGGCGCUCAAGGGCAAGAAGCUGUUGAAGGAAGGGGCCGAGGGCAGUGGCGGGGAAGCCUACGGCAUUGUGGCCCCCUUUGCCCGCCGGCCCAGCGUGCACAGUGACCUCAUGUACAUCCGGGAGAAGGCCAUCGGCGGCGGGCAAGCCAAGGACAAGGAGCGCUGUGUGAUCAGCUAGGAGCCUCCUGCUGCCCCCUUCCCCGACCUCCCCAACAAGGGAGGGAGAUACAUGGGCGGGGGGGGAAGCUUGUUUGAUAAUAAACUCUGGCUGCCCAGGGGUGGUAUGUGCCCCGGCCAGGGUGGCAUCUGCCCCGGGGGCAGGUUACCUCCCACCCUCUGCCCAAGGGGAUGAUUUGCAUCUGCUGUCCUCUGCACCCACUUUUGGGGUGCAAUGGGGUGGGGGCUGCUGCUGCUGCUGGGGACACCCUCCCCCUCUCCCCCCCAAGGGUGAGAGACUGAGGACCUUAUGAGCACAGACAAGGCAGCUGAGAGUGAAAAGACAUUGACUCCAAGGCACCUCCCCACCUUCGCCAGCAUGGGCCAGUGCACUGCCUUACAGAAGAGACGUGGGGGGUGGGGGGGGAUAUGGUUUGGACUUGAGAAACCAGCCAACACUGAGCUCUGGAAAGGGGCUUUGUGUGUGCAUGUGCGUGUGCAUUUCUGAGCCAGGAGAGCUGCAGGAGGACACUUCCGGCCGUUGCAAUCGUCUGGCAGGCCUCUCUACUGGCCCCUCUUACAGAAGCAGAGAUGGGUGUGUGGGUGGGUGUCAAAAACUGACUUUUGUUUACAUUUGUCUUGUCUGAUUUGGAGGAAAAAAAAGCGCAUUUUUUUUUUAAAUAGGCAUUUUAUGUAGGGUCGUGUGUGUGUCCUGGACAUGAACAAAAUCUUAUACAAGUGUUUUCUACGCUCCAUGUUUUAUGUUUACUAUUUUUUCUACAAAAAUAAAACCCGUUUUUUAAAUUAA